AUUCUUAAGCUCAGCUAAAGAAUCCGAAAAUCCAAGCCCAACUUUUUGCAAGGUUCCUGUUCUUGAGUCCUGAGUCUCGUGACUCCAUUUGGUCCCGCCCAAGUUGCAAAUUGCAAUCGGUGCAAAUUCGCUUCAAAGUUUCGCGCGUUUGAGAGGGGCCUUAAGAAGUAUCGGUGAAUCGUCACUCCCUUUAUUAUCUGGUCUGCGACAUCGAGUCAUCGAUUGCUGUAUCUCUUCCUCUUUUCGGUCACUGGAGAUUGCUUCACUUCUGUUCCUGUUCAAAUUUUUGUCUGCAUUGGCCAUUGGGGCGGAAACCUAUUAUCCGACGUCGCUUCGUCGACGUAGAAUCGCUUCACGGAUUCACUACCAUGGAUGGGAAUGAUGUAUCUGCUGACCAUGUGAUUGCAGAACUGAUUGAGAUGGGAUUUGACUUUUGUAAAGUUACAGAAGCUAUAGAAGCAGUUGGUCCAUCACUAGACAAUGCUAUUGAGUUCCUCUUGAAUGAUUCUUGCAGAAAGAAAACAGGUGUAUCAUGUGGUUCAAAAAGUUCUACCAGUUCAGGUGAAAGGGUUAUUUCUACCUCAAAAUCUCUGGGCCGGAUGAAACAGUCUAGCAUCAUGGGGCAUCUCCAAUCAUCAGGUAGAACCAAAAGAAGCAAGAUCCAUGGUGCAUCCAAUACAUCCCAUUCUGGCUCAAAUAUGGUUUCCAGGGUAGCAAAGCAGGAAACAUCUCUUCCUAAUGUUAAACCACUAUCACCUCAAUCAUCCCUACAUCAUAUUACACAAGACCAAGUGAUAGGACCAGACUGGGAGCAGAAAGUCGAUUACAUAUUAAACAAGUAUUUUGGGUUAUCAUCAUUGAAGAGUUUCCAAAAGGAAACCAUAGAGGCUUGGUUAUCUCACCAAGAUUGUCUUGUUCUUGCUGCAACAGGAUCUGGAAAAUCUCUUUGCUUCCAGAUUCCUGCAUUAUUGACAGGAAAGGUUGUGGUUGUCAUAUCACCUUUGAUAAGCUUGAUGCAUGAUCAGUGCUUAAAGCUAGCUAAACAUGGUGUAUCAGCUUGCUUCCUUGGAUCUGGACAAAGUGAUGGUAGUGUGGAACACAAAGCAAUGAAUGGCAUGUAUAAUGUAAUCUAUGUUUGCCCAGAAACAGUGUUAAGGCUUAUAGGACCACUUCAGGGGCUUGCAAAAAAUCGUGGAAUUGCACUAUUUGCCAUUGAUGAAGUUCAUUGUGUCUCCAAGUGGGGCCAUGACUUCCGCCCUGACUACAGGCGAUUGUCUAUAUUGAGAGAAAAUUUCAGAGCCUGCAAUUUGGAUUUUUUGAAGUUUGAUAUUCCGUUGAUGGCUUUGACUGCUACCGCCACAAUUCGUGUUCGAGAAGACAUUCUUGAGUCAUUAUGCAUGGCUAAAGAAACAAAGACUAUCCUCACAUCAUUCUUCCGACCAAAUCUUCGGUUUUCAGUAAAGCAUAGCAGAACAUCUUCUAUAGCAUCUUAUGAGAUGGACUUCUCUGAAUUGAUAGAUAUUUAUACCAAAAAGAGAAUUGAUGGUGGUAAGGAAGAUUGUGUUAUCUCAUGCGAGUCAGAUGAUGACUCUGACAAUUGCAGCAUGUCUGAUGCAAAUGAAGGAUCUCUGAGCGAUUUUGAGGAUCUCGAACAGGAUUAUUUGGAUGGAAAUGAUGCUGAAGCAAGUUCUCAAAUUGGGAAUUAUCCAGCUUCUUCAAUGGAAGACCAACUUUCGGUUGAAUAUUUGGAAGAUGAUCUAGAUAACUUUCGCUGUGUGGAUGAUUUGGAUGUUGCCUGUGGUGAGUUCUAUGGGGAUUCUCCUGAGAACAGAGAUAUUUGUUCUUCAUUAGAGACACUCAGUCCCCCAAUCAAGCUGGAAGAAAGCCUGAGACAUUUACAAGGGCCUUCAGAUCAUGGACCGACUAUUAUAUAUGUCCCCACUAGAAAGGAAACGCUAAGAUUAGCAAAAUAUCUAUGCAAAUUUGGUGUAAAGGCUGCUGCUUACAAUGCAAAGUUGCCCAAGUCACAUCUAAGGCGUGUUCACAAAGAUUUUCAUCAAAAUGCUUUGGAGGUUAUAGUUGCAACAAUUGCUUUUGGGAUGGGGAUUGACAAGUCAAAUGUCCGGAGAAUUAUCCAUUAUGGUUGGCCACAGAGUUUGGAAGCAUAUUACCAAGAAGCAGGUCGAGCUGGAAGGGAUGGGAAAUUAGCAGAUUGCACAGUUCUUUAUGCAAACCUAGCCAGAAUACCAACACUUUUGCCAAGUCAACGAAGUGAAGAGCAGACAAAACAAGCAUAUAAAAUGUUAUCUGAUUGCUUCAGAUAUGGAAUGGCUACUGCAUGUUGUCGAGCAAAGACUUUGGUGGAGUACUUUGGAGAGAAAUUUAGUUAUGAGAAGUGUCUCUUGUGUGAUGUCUGUGUUGGUAGGCCUCCAGAAAUGCAGAAUCUGUGGGAAGAGGCACAUAUUUUCAUGCAGGUUCUUUCUGCUUUGUAUGAGCCAAUGAAUCACAGGUAUAGCUCUUUUGAUGAUCCAAUAUGUAGUGAAUUUAGAGGGAGACUCAUUGAGAGACCAGACUUCAGGAUGGUGGUCUGCAAAAUAAGGGAACAGUACCACAAAUUUGCAGCAAGUGAUCGACUGUGGUGGCAAGGUCUUGCUCGCAUAUUAGAAGAUAGGGGCUAUAUAAAAGAAGGAGAUGGCAUGACACGGGUUUGUAUAAAAUUCCCAGAGCCAACAAAGUUGGGACUUGGGUUUCUGCAGUCAGACACAGAGCAAACUUUCUAUGUUUACCCUGAAGCAGAUAUGCUGCUCUCAGCGAGAAAAUGCAAAUCUAAUUGCUCUUUCUCAGACUGGAGAAGGGGCUGGGCUGAUCCUGAGAUCCGUCGCAAGCGCUUAGAAAAGUGGAAAAAUAGAAGGAAGACACGAAAGAGAAAAGCAGGCCAUCGUCAAGAUCUUAGAACAGUUAGAGGAAGAUUAGCAGCAAAAUUAUUGAAGCCUAAACAUUAAGCCAAGGCCCACCUAGGAAAGGGCAUGGCUCCAGGAAUCUUAAUCCAUGCACGUCAAAAUCUAGUGCGGUGACUGGUGAGAACGUAGGCAAACUUUGCAACCGCAGCCAUGUAAGCAACCAAGAAGCUUUCCCUCCGCUUUCCUCAAAUUCUAUGUUGGAGCACUGAUAUUGGGAAAUAAGCAAGUAUCGGCCUAUCAGGGAUGGGCAAACACUGGAUCAGAAGUCAGAACGGGUGAGCCAAAUCACUCCAUAUAACCUGAACUCAGUCGUACCAACCGGAAUGCAGCUGAAGACAGGUUUGACACCGAGGCGAGGCGAGGCGCUGUGAUUUGGGACUUGAGAAACUACUUGUAAGUCGCAACACUUGCAGGGCUUCACUAUUCUAUUGAAGUUAUUAAAGAGGUCCGUGCAAUGUACGGGCGGGUGUUAAAAUAUGCCCAAAUGUUACAUUCAGUUCCUCAAUUUAAUUAGUUGCGGGUGAGCUUCAAAUUAAUGGCCCUGUAUUUAAUUUUUUGUUUUUAAAAAUUCAAAAAAAUCACAAAUUUAUAAAGGAGAUGCCAAGCAAUAUGAGGAGUU